AUGGUAUCCAGGAAGAAGGAUUAUUUAAAUGAGAAUGUGGUUAAAGUUGAUUGCAUUGUUAAUUCUCGUGAUCAUCCUAUAGAAAUAGAAGAUGAUGAAGUAUCUGAAGGGAAAAAAUUUAUAUAUGAUGAAGUUAAGAAGGAGAAUGAUGAGAGUCCAAUUGAGAUUUAUUCCAGUAAUUCUAGGAAUAAGACAAUUGAUAUUUCAUCUAGUGAUUCUUGGAAGAAGAAAAAGCCAAGGAAUAAUGUUAUUCAGUCUGAUUAUAGUUCGAUGAAAAAGAGAAAACAUGGUUUGUUUGGUCGAUUAAAUUCAAAAUCAUCUGAUUCAGAAGAUUAUGUAAGUGAUUCUGAUUAUGAAGUUCGGAGCAUUACAAGGAGCAGGAAGUUGGUUAACAGAAGUGAUAGAAAAGUUAGUAAAACAAUUGUCUCCGAACAUGAGUUUUCUAGUGAUUCUGAUUUUGAGGAUGGUUCCAGUAGUAGUGUGAAGAGGGUGGAUAAUAUAGCUGAUAAGAAAGUUAAAAAGAAAAUGGAGUUGCAUAGUGAUAAAAUAAAGUCAUUGUAUUCUCGUGUUUCUCUUCAUUCUAUAUAUGGUGUUGUGAAGUCUAUGAAUCAUAAGCAAAAAGAAUGUGUGAGGAAUUUGGGAUUUGGAUCAUUGAUAGACAUGAAGACUCAAAGUAUUCCAGCAAAAUUAUGUUAUUUUGUUGUUGAUUCGUUUGAUCCUUUAGAGAUGGUUAUUAAAACUGAGGUUUCUAAUAUUUUGGUUACAAGGGAAGAUGUUAAUAGGGUGUUAGGGCUGCCUAUGCGGAUUGAUCAAUUAAAUAGUGUUGAUUUAAGAGGUAAUGAGGAAUGGUAUGAAAUAUGGAAAGAUCAAUUCAAGAAGCCGUUGUCUUUAAUUACUCCAAAUGAUGUUGUGUACAAGAUAAUAGAACGAUGUGAAGCAGAUAUGGUGUUUGUUGCAAACUUUAUUAUUCUUGUAUGUACAUGUUUUGGAUCAUGUAACAAACAAGAGGAAAAGUUGAUUUGGGGUAGAAGUGAUAUUAAGACCUUCUUCAAUGGUCCAAGUGUCUUUCUAACGUUGCUAUAUGUUGAUAGGAUUCAAUGUAGGCAAAUGUUAAUGGUUAGAAGAUAUCCAGUAAUUAAUAAUUGGACUUUAGAGCAGUUGAAAGUGAGAGAAAUGAAUGAAAUUUCUAAUGGAGGUUUUGGAAGGCCAUCUGCUACAGUGGAAAGUGUUGAUGAAGUUUAUAGAGGAUCAAUUUUAGAGUUUCAUUCAGAAAUGAAGUGGUGUUUAGUAGAUAUGUCUAAGAAAGUGGAUAAAGCCUUUAAAACGCAUGGAAAUUUGAAAAUAGUAGAGUUUUAUGGAAUGAAGCUGAAAGAGUUAUGUUCUGUAUAUAAAGCUUUUCGUCAUAGUAAUUAUAAAUGCGAAUAUCCUUUUCAGUCAUCUGGAAAAAGUAGUAGUUGUGAUGAUAAGUCUAAUGAAUUUCUAGAUGUUGGGCAGUCUAUUAACAACAGCGUUGGUGGUAAUAAAUAUGGAUCGGCAAAUUCGUUUGGCAAAUCUGGAAAUAUGGAAACUAAGUUGCAUGUGGAUUGCGAGGGUGGUCAUAAGGAAAAGUGUGUAGUAGAGGGUAUUCCUUCUUUCAAUUUAGGAAUUGAUGAUGAUAUGCAUACUCCUCCAAAAGUGAGUCCAGGUGUUGUUGUUAAUAAAUAUGGAUCGGCAAAUUUGAUUGGGAAAUAUGGAUUUAUUGAAAAUAAGUUGCCUCUGGAUUGCGAGGAUGGUCAUAAGGAAAAGUGUGUAGUUGAGAGUAUUCCUUCUUUUAAUUUAGGAAUUGAGGAUGAUAUAUAUACUCCUCCAAAAGUUAAUCCAGGUAUUGAUAGUUAUGUGGACAAUAAUUCUGUUUCUGUUGGAAUAAGUUCUGAUUCAGUCAAAGGGAAGGAACCAAAGUCUUGCGAUGAAAGUGAAAAAGUUAAAAUUCUUGAGAAAGAUAUGAUUUCAUCGAGACCAAAGAGAAGUCAAACGUUACCUCCAGUGCUUAGGUCUCCAUUUGUUGUACGAGCUGUUGAGAUUGAUAGUAAUUUGACGAAGGAGGAGAAUAUCAAGUCUAAUUGGCUAUUCAGUUUAUGUGGGAAUCCAACGGAUGAUCUUUUUCAUAGCAUAAAUGGUCAACGUGUGUUGAACUAUGAUGAGAGAGCUAGGAAUUUGGACACUCCUUCAUGUUUCUUCUUCAAGACAGCAGUAUUGGAUCCUGCAUACAUGCAUAGUGAAGCAUGUAAAUAUGAUGAUGUGUACGAGAAUUUUAAAGAAAAUGUUUUUCAUUGUUUGGGAGAGUCUAAGGAACGAAGAAAUUUAAAAGGAAUUGAUUUGGUGUUCUUUGCAUGUGCAAACAGUCACUAUUUUGUGUUUGUUUUUGAUUUUAAAAACCGCAAAGCUGUCAUAUUGGACAACAUUUUGUAUAGAUCUUCUGAAAAACCAUACCCACAUCUAACUCAAAAUCUGAAAUAUAUGUUUGGUAGAUAUCUUCAAGACAUAAAACAUUUUAUGGCUUUUUCAGUUAUGUAUGAAAUGGAUUUUGUUGAUCAAUAUAUGACGUGGAAAACAAGAGCUCAUUAG